AUGUUCAUGAAUAAACAAAAUCGAACAAGAUGUUAUCACUUGGUGCAAUGUAUACCAACGAAUUCUACAAGAUGUAUCAAACUAUUUUAUUCCUUGAUUAUUUGUACAAUCAUACUUUACCUGUUCUAUGACAAAAGUUCGUCGAAUCUUUUCAAAACGCUGACGAAACCAUUGCUAUCAUUAUCAAUACUUACUAACAAUACUCGUAAUAUAGGAUCGGAAAUUUUCGAAGAAUGGAUCAGAUCUGCAGCAACUAACGAAAAUUCCACUCAUCUAGAUAUUCGCAGACUUUCUUAUCCAUACUAUCCACGUUUUCCUAUUCUGAGUUAUACUCAGGAUAUAACAAAGUUAGACAGUGCAUCGAAGCUAAUAUUACUGGGAAAUGGAUUUUUUGAGAAUCCGUCAUGGGACUUGAUUUCAAAGGAGAGAUCAUCAAUGGAAACACUUUGGUGUCCAUACUUAACCAAGUAUUGUUCGAUAACAGAUGACAAAAGUUUCUUUUCCGACGCCGAUGCUGUUGUUUAUCAUGGUCGCGAUCCAAUUGAUUUAAAAGAAGCCAACAAAUAUCGUCAAUCUCAUCAACGCUUUGUAUUUGCUCUUUGGGAAUCUCCUGCACAUACAGAUAGCCUGAAGCCUUAUAACGCAUUUUUCAAUUGGACAAUGACCUAUCGAUUAUCAUCCGAUAUUGUAGCUUCUUACUAUGCGAAUACGUAUUUUCAUUCAUCAAGUGAUUACCAUCAGCUUUUAGUACGUGAAAAUGCAACGAAAGAUCUUCAUUUAACUUUCGACACAGCAGAUCAUCAACCUUCAGAUGCGGUUUUACAAGCGAAAAAAUUAGGUACAGUAGUAGCAUUGAUAUCGAAUCAAGGUGGAUCGAGUCGACGGCUAACUUUUAUUAAGCAUUUGAAAAAUUACAUUGAUGUGACCGUCUAUGGAAAACAUACAAUACCCUGUCCGAAGAAAGGCGAUUGUGUCAAAUUUCUUGCACAAAAUUAUUAUUUUUAUCUCAGCUUUGAAAAUAGCUUGUGCCAAGAUUAUACAACGGAAAAAUUCUUUGGCAUACUUCGUCAUCCGAUUGUACCAGUUGUUCGUGGUUUCUCCAAUUAUUCGACUUUCAUUCCGCCGUCAGGUUUUAUCGACGUCAAUGAUUUUCCAGAUGUGAUCUCUUUAGCUCGAUAUUUGAAUGAAACUCGCGACAAUAGAGAAAAGUAUUUGUCAUAUUUUUCUUGGAAGCAAGAUUAUGUUUGGAAUCAAGGCAGUCUUUUCACUUCAUUCUGUGAUCUUUGCAUACGUUUACAUUUAGACCAUAAACCAAAAGUUAUCGAAGACAUUCACUCCUGGUGGCAUGACAAUAUGUGUAGAAUCCCACAGCGAAUUACAUUGCCUAAAAAAUCACCGAAGUGA